AUGGUUUGCGAUCCUACUACUCUUGAUUCGACUCGUUAUGUUACAGCCGAUUGUGUGACUUCCGGUAAUCAAUUGCCGGAUGAUAAAGUUACCAAGGCUGCUUGCGACGGUGUGGAAGGAAAGUUUUGCAAUGGCAGAUGCUACUUUACUACUAAAGCAUCAAAGGAGGAAGCUGCUAGCAGGAACUUUGACCAGCUGUGCAAUCAGAAGAAGCCCCAGGGCUCGGGAAGUUACCUUUCCUUUGUUUAUAUGUACCCUACCAAACAAAAGGCCCUGGAAUUCAGCGGUGGCCAAUGUGACUCCGUCUUUUUCUCUAAUGAGCUCUAG